AUGAAGAGCAUUUUCAGGUCCGGUUUUCUGGUCCGAGCCUUGCACACCCUGCUUACCUGGGUCUUGACCCUCACAUUGUUUCUGCACAACACUGAUUUGAGAAGGUACGAGGAGCGCGGGGAACUGCUGCUGCCCGCCCUGUUCUUCCUGCUCAUCAUGCUGUCGGUGCUGCUGUACUUCAGAGUCUCCCUGAUGGAUCCGGGCUUUGUCCUCUCUGACACUGCCGGUCAGAGCCCGGAUGACGAAACGGUGGCCAUGAUCCCGCAGUCGUCGACCCUCCGGCAGCGGCGCUGCGGAUACUGUCACCUGCAGCGCCCCUCUCCCCCCUCCAUGUGCCCCUGUGUGUCUCUGGAGCAGCAGCCAAUGAGAGCCAAGCACUGCCAGACCUGCAAACGCUGCGUGCGGCGCUUUGACCACCACUGCCCAUGGAUCGAGAACUGCGUGGGCGAGAGAAACCACCGUUGGUUCAUGGUCUACCUGCUGGUGCAGAUGCUGGCUCUGCUGUGGGCGCUUCACAUCGUACUGUCGGGGAUCUCUCCCGGCGCCACUUGGGAGCUGUGGCUCUGGGCCAACGGCGUCCUGCUGGCCGCCCUGGCGGUCAUCGGGGUCUUCUCGGCGGUGGUGCUGCUGCUGCUGGGCUGCCACUUCUACCUCAUCUCCAUUAACAGCACCACCUGGGAGUUCAUGUCGCGCCACCGGAUCUCCUACCUGAAAAACUGCGACAGCGAAGAGAAUCCCUUUGACCGCGGGCCGCUCUGCAACCUCUGGGACUUUUUCUGCAUCUGCCGGACGGUGGUGUGGGAGCAGGUCUACCACCGGAACACCCCCAACCCCGUCUGA